CGGUACCGGCUCGCUGGACCAGUGUGACAGAAUUUCGCUCUUUUCGCCGACGAGACUCGAGGUGCGUGGCGACUCCAGGCCCCGAAAGAACACCAGAGAGGGAUACCAUGGGGCAAACAGUGAAUGAAGAGUCAAUGGAUGCAAAGAAGGAGAAUCAAGAGAAAGCUCCUGAGUCAGGCACAUCUUCUGUGCAAACUGAUGAUUUUCACUGGGAAAAUUACUUGAAAGAGACUGGAUCUUUAAGUGCUCCUUCAGAGUGUUUCAGACAGUCCAAGAUUCCACCAGCUAAUGACUUCAAAGUUGGUAUGAAAUUGGAAGCCCAUGACCCUCGCAAUAUGACUUCAAUAUGUAUCGCCACAGUCGUUGGAAUUACUGGUGCCAGGCUACGUUUAAGACUGGAUGGUAGUGACAACAGAAAUGAUUUUUGGCGGCUUGUUGAUUCUCCGGACAUACAGCCUGUUGGGACAUGUGAAAAGGAGGGGGACUUACUUCAGCCUCCACUGGGGUACCAGAUGAACACAUCAUCUUGGCCAAUGUUCCUCUUGCGAACACUGAGUGGAUCUGAAAUGGCACCUGCAACAUUCUUUAAGGAGGAACCACCAAAGCCACCUCUAAAUAAUUUUAAAGUGGGAAUGAAACUUGAAGCUAUAGACAAAAAGAACCCUUAUCUGAUCUGCCCUGCAACUAUUGGAAAUGUUAAAGGAGAUGAAGUUUAUAUCACAUUCGAUGGCUGGAGUGGAGCUUUUGAUUAUUGGUGCAAGUAUGAUUGUCGAGAUAUUUUCCCAGUUGGGUGGUGUCGCCUGACAGGAGAUGUAUUACAACCACCAGGAACUCAUGUUCCUAUUACAAAGAAUAUAGCAAAAACACAGUCUUCUCCUUCCAAAGCAACCCAGCGUUCAAUGCAGUCUCUACAGAAAACUGCUGUAAUAUUACCAACACAGCAGAUCAGGAAAUCAGGUCGGACUAAACCACCUGCACAUACUUCAGUCCCCAAGAGGGCGAGUUCUGUUAAAAAUAUCUCACCAAGGAAAAAAGGCCCAAACUCAGGAAGAAAGGAAAAAUGUAUUCCUGUUGUAUGUUCCACAUCUUCAGCUCCUAUCAGUAUGCUGACCAGAGAACGUGGUGGUGUUUCAUAUGAUAAGGAUGCUGUUCCUGGAUCAUCUAAAAUAGUGAUGUCUACAGUCUGUGUCUAUGUAAACAAAUAUGGAAGCUGUGGCCCUCACCUGGAUCAGAAGAAAAUCCAGCAGCUGCCUGACCACUUUGGCCCAGGCCCUGUCAAUGUGGUGCUCCGGCGGACAGUGCAGGCCUGCGUGGAUUGUGCCGUUCAAAGUAAGACUGUUUUUGGAUUCCUUAAGCCAGAUCAUCGUGGAGGAGAAGUGAUAACCGCCUCCUUUGAUGGGGAAACUCAUUCCAUCCAGCUCCCUCCAGUGAACAGUGCAUCAUUUGCUCUUCGCUUUCUUGAGACCUUGUGCCACAGCCUAGAGUGUGAUAACCUUUUGAGUAGCCAGCCUUUUAGCUCUUACAGAGGUAAUGGUCAUAGUCCUGCAGAGCAUGAUCAAAAUAAAUCAGUAAAAGAAGAUACAACAGAAAAGAAAAGCACCAAACGACCUUCUCAGCAACCUCUGCCUUAUGUUGCUCCUCUCUCUCCUAAGCUCCCCAAAACACAAGUGCAUGCCUCUGAAGAAGUAGUAAUAUCUUCUGGGGGAGAUGGCAUGCCCAAAGGGGAAAUGCUUUCUGAAGAGUCCGAGAACUCACCACUAAAUCCAGCAAGUUCUUUGAAUCCUGCCAGCCAAAGUCCUAUAAGCAGUCAUACUCCAGUCUCCAGUAGUGUUUCUCAAAGUGUGCCAUGCACCUCGAGUUCAACACUGGUGGGGACCAAAUCACCUCCCAAGAGCGGUCACCAUGAAGUUACAUUCCAGAUGCAGAGGAAAAGUGAAGCUCCAAGUUAUAUAGCUGUACCUGACCCCAGUGUCCUGAAACAAGGCUUCUCUAAGGACCCUUCAACCUGGUCUGUGGAUGAAGUGAUACAGUUUAUGAAACAUAAAGAUCCUCAGAUAUCAGGCCCCCUCGCCGACCUCUUCAUGCAACAUGAGAUUGAUGGGAAGGCUCUGCUACUACUCAAAAGUGAUGUGAUGAUGAAGUAUAUGGGGCUGAAGUUGGGGCCAGCCUUAAAGUUAUGUUACUAUAUUGAAAAACUUAAAGAAGGAAAAUAUAAUUGAAAAAAAUGUGUAAGUUUAGUUUAGACAUAAUUUUCAAUUGUCUUGAUAACUUUUUAAUUUAAAAGUAUUUUUAUUCUCGUAGCAGUUUUUGUUUUGUAGACAGUUCCUCUAAAACUACGUUAUAUCCAGAAUUGCAGAACUACAUUACAAGUCCAGUCUACUUCUUUAAAACACAUUAACAUGUUAGUAUUAGCAUAUUCAACUUGGCAGUCCUUUAUGUCUUUUUAUUAUUUUACACUUUACAGUCUAUUAUUUAAUUGUACAGUUUACAUAUAUACUUAAUGCAGGAAACAGAGAAACACCAUUGAUUUUGAUUAAUGUUUAUAUAUAAAACCAAAACAGCUACAUCCCAAAGGGGAAAGUAUCAGGGACUGACAGGCUCUCUAAUGAAAUCCAUGAGAAGUUUUCCUUAGAAAAGAAUUUAAAGAUGCAACUGUAGAUAUCAUCUCUUUUUCAAAUAUUUUAUGUCUGUUACUGCAAUGUUCUGUUUGUGUUCUACCAAUUUCCGGAAAGGGAAUAGCCAUAUAAAUUAUUUUCCUUUCAUUAUUAUUUCUCUGUAUGUUGUGUUUGUUCAUAUUUAAAGAAAAACAAGCUUAUAAACUUUCAUAAAGUGUUCUUAUCAGUUUUUGAUAAAUUUUCGAACAAUUGUAAGAUAGAAUGGUUGUUUUAUGCAGGAGAUAUUAUACUACAAGGGUGGUUUGGAUGGAGUCUGGUUAAAAUUUUUCAGUGAAAUACCUGUUAUUUCAAAACUUUACAUAUUUUCUCUAAGCUUAGACAUUUAACUAGGCAUUCAUUUCUCAUAUCUCUAUAUGAGGACACCUGUGCCCAAAUUUUUAAAAAAUAUAUAUUUUAUUGUCUGUGUUUAUUCUUCAUAUGGAUACUAUACCAUAUUUAUAUAUUAUUCUAUACCUGUAGGUAUUCAAACAAGUAAAUCUGUUCUUUUUGAAUUUAAUAUGGCACUUUGCACUGCCACAGAGGUAACGGUGAACUAUUUAUAUAGUUGGAUGUUUUUAUUCAGAAAAAAAUAUGUGCAUCAUUUGCUAUCACUAGUACCUCUCAGCUUAGUCUUCAGGGGAUAAGAAACAAUCCAUAGAUUGGUUUCCAUACAGGGAAGUUCUCUGUCCUAUGCAAUGUUGCUAGUUAAUUUGCUUAGUUCUGAGCCAUUUAUUCUGCUAAAUUUUGGAAGAUGCAUUAAUUCAGACUUAUCAUUUUGGGCUUUAUUUUUAAAGUUAGAACUUUCAAGGGGAAAUGGUGCUAUAUGUUUAUUGUUAUUACUUUGUAUAAGUUUGGUGUAAUGUUAAUAAGCUAUGAGAAUCUGUGCUAAAAGUAUUAGCCAUUUGUUAUAAAUGCCAAUAAAAUGUACACCAGGGGCAAGAAUGUACAUUUUCUUUUUUAGAAAACCAAAUGUACUUUAUAUGAGGAUGCUACUAUUUAAAGGGUGGUUUCAUCUAUGUUAUUCAUUUUGUGUUAUAAGACAAAAUUCUAAUUUAAACUUGGUCUUCUCUCAAAUUGUUUGUGUGAAGAUGCUGUGCCCAGUUAAACAGUCCUCAGGUGUUUGUAUAAAUACUGUUUUACAGUUUUCAGAUUUUAAAAUAUAAUAAAGUUUAAUAAC